AUGAAAUGUCCAGACUUUAUCGAACGAAUUGAAGCAGCCCAUCCUUGUAUCAAGUGGUCGAUUGUUCAGAAGCAAAUAAACCAAGUACUAAGGAACGCACUGGAUGCUGCAUGCCACUGGGAUCCACCUCGAGGAAUGGCCAAGAAUGUGCAGUCGAGAGCCAUGUACGGCGCUGAUAUCAUGCUUCAAUGGAAAGAUAAAGGUACGGGGUUGUUUCUUUUCUCAUGA